AUGGCCCAUGACAUGAUGGCUUCAGAUACAGAUGCAAUCUUUGCCCAAGAACUGGAGGACCCUUUACUCUUGCAGCCGAGUUUUCAGUCUUUGCGUAUGACCAGGGCAAGGAAGAAUACAUCGCAGCGCAUGCCUCCACGGAGGUCAGCCCGUCUGUGUGCCCGCCAACUUGAGCUACCAGCGGCCGGUGAUGACGCUCCGCUGCUGGAUCGAAAGCAGCUGGUCUCGCUGGGCCCACCUGUAGUCAUGGAAGAAUUUUUGAUGGAGGUAAAUCCGAAUUAUGGUAUAAUCACUAAUAAAUCCGUCCUCAAAAGUAUCACCUGUCUGUGA